AUGUCUCUGCAACCCGAGAUAUCAGCCACUGCUCCGAAACCGACCAUCGAGGAGGCUCUUGAACACGCCAAACGCGCGUUCGCUCUCCAAAAGUAUGAGCAGGCCGUCGACCAUUAUGCCACUGCUCUCGAGCUCAUGACUGCCAAGCAUGGCGAGAAGGCCCCGGAAACUGCUGACCUCUACUUCUCUUAUGGAAAGGCACUGUUAGAGAAUGCUAUUGCGCAGAGCUCUGUGUUGGGGAAGGAACAGACGGAAGACACCGUGCAAGCCGCCGUGGGCGACGCGAAAACUUCUGGGACAAGUGGAACCGGCGCGUUCCUCUCGUUCUCGGGCGAUGCAGAUGACACGGAGGAUAUGGCGGUGGACCUGUUUGCUGAAGCGGAGAAGGCUGUGGAUGAGAUGGACAAGGAGGAGGAAGAAGACGACGAUGACGAUGAGGGAGAGCCGGAGGAUGACUUCAAUGCUGCUUGGGAGGUGCUGGACCUUGCGCGCGCGAUCUACGAGGAGCAGCAGGAUGAAGACGAUCGUAUCAAGCUCAGACUCGCCGAUACGUAUAUCGCACUCGGUGAUGUUUCUCUUGAGACAGAGAAAUUCGACCAGGCCAUAACGGAUUACCGCCAGGGUCUGGAGCUGAAGAACACGCUACUUCCCUUCUCCUCGCGACAGAUCGCGGAAGCACACUACAAACUCAGUAUUGUCCUCGACCUUACCUCUGGCCAGUUGAAUGACGCGAUCGAGCACGCGGAGAAAGCUCUCGGCAGCGUGGAGGCGCGCCUGGCAGAGCUGAGGGAUAUCCUCAGUGGGCAGGGCCUCGUCACCGCAACAGAAGAAAAGCCGGAUGUAAAGGGCAAGAGCAAGGCGACCGGCCCUAGUGUCUUGGCGGAUGAUGCGAUCCAGAUCAUGGGUAGGAGCCAGAUGGAGAGCGAGGUGAAGGAACUCAAUGGCCUGAAAGAGGAUCUGGCGCUCAAGGUGGAAGAGCUCAAGAUGCCCCAGGAGCCCGUCGAGUCUGCACCCGCUAUGGCUGCGAAGGCACUGGACCGCGAGCUGAACCCUGGAGCGUCUGUCGAGGCAACGACAUUCUCACCGACAGUGGUAAACGAUUUAACAGGGAUAGUCAAGAAAAAGAAAAAGGCGUCAGAGGCCAAUGAGGCCGUCAAGCGUAAGGCCGAAGAAGAGGCAGGGUCAUCUACCGAGAAGAAAGCGAAAGUAGAUGGUGCAAAUUCGUGA